GAGAGAGAGAGAGAGAGAGAGAGAUGGCACUCCUCCGUCGUCUCCAUGGGAGAAGAGGAGUGGAAGCUUCACGUUCUAAGAUUAGUUAUCUACUUUUCUAUUCUAGGCAUCUGCGGGAGGCUGAAAAAGGAGGCACCAUUUUAGCUUCUCCCUUUUUCUUCCUAUCCUAUGGCUCCCUGCAAUCCAACCACACGUUCGCUUCCCCACAGUUCUUGGGGUCCGCCGCAGAGCUGGGAGCAAUGCAUGCGGAGUGAAUAUUUUUCGGGUGCUGGAGGAAGGAAGACAGGAAGAACGAAGAUCAAACCCUUUCAAAAAGAAUUUUUCAUCGCAAAGGUUGGUGACGAUCCGUUGGGGGGGUAUUUUUCCCGCAAGUGUAAUAAUUCCAUCAGUUUUGGUCCUAUUCUUCUUGAUGCAUAUACUGCAAACACAGUGCUGAAUUUGAUCAGAGAGGUUGGUGCUAAUUAGUCCUAGCGAUUCAAGGUCGUGGUUGGACUAUCUUUAUUCUAGGUCUCAAUAACUGCUGAAUUGGUGCAAGAAUUAAUUUAGCACGAGAGUGAAACUGAAUUCGGAAGACAAUGUCUAGCGUUGGUGUUCUUGUCUCUGAUCCAUGGCUCCAGAACCAGUUCACCCAAGUGCAGCUCCGAACGCUCCGAACAAAAUUCACUUCCGCAAAGAGAUCGGAUGCCGAGCAGGUAACUAUAAAAGAUUUGCCGCCGGUAAUGGAGAAGCUUAGGGGCAUUCAAGAGGUUCUGACUGAGGAGGAGAUCAUAAGUUUUUUGAGCGAGUCUUACCCCGAUAUGGACCAGUCAAUCGAAUUUGAGCCAUUCCUUAGGGAGUGCUUAAAUCUUCAAGCAAAGGGAGCCAGCAAAUCAGGAGGCAAAAAGAAAUUGAAGGGAUCAGUGUCAUUUUUGAAGGCAUCCACCACUACUCUCUUGCACGUCAUUAAUGAGUCUGAAAAAACUUCUUAUGUCAAUCAUAUCAAUAAUUUUCUCGGGGAGGACCCUUUCCUGAAGAAUUUCUUGCCAUUGGAUCCAGCAUCAAACGAUAUAUUUAAUCUUAUUGGGGAUGGUGUUCUACUUUGCAAGUUGAUCAAUGUUGCUGUUCCCGGCACAAUAGACGAGAGAGCAAUCAAUACAAAGAAGGAACCGAAUCCAUGGGAGAGGAAUGAGAACCACACUCUUUGUCUCAACUCUGCCAAGGCCAUUGGUUGUACUGUUGUUAACAUUGGGACACAGGAUCUGAUUGAAGCUAGACCUCAUCUAGUUCUUGGUUUGCUAUCCCAAAUCAUAAAGAUACAACUCUUAGCAAAUUUGAAUCUGAAGAAUACACCUCAGUUGUUGGAGUUGGUGGCUGGUGAUAACAGCAAGGAAGCAGAGGAGCUUGUCACCUUAGCACCAGACAAGAUGUUGCUCAAAUGGAUGAACUUUCAUAUCAAGAAAGCAGGGUACAAAAAAACUGUAACAAAUUUCUCUACUGAUGUUAAGGAUGGUGAAGCGUAUGCUUACCUUCUCAGCGCCCUUGCUCCUGAGCAUAGCUCAACAACCAUGAUAGAAACUACAGAUCCUAAAGAAAGGGCAAAGAAAGUCCUUGAAACUGCCGAAAAGCUUGAUUGUACAAGAUAUGUAACAUCUAAAGAUAUUAAUGAGGGUUCAGCAAAUCUCAACUUGGCAUUUGUCGCACAGAUAUUCCAGCAAAGAAACGGUCUAUCAUCGAACAACGUGGCUCGUGCCGUCCAAGAUACUCCGGAUGAUGUUGAAGCAUCGAGGGAAGAGAGAGCAUUUCGCUUGUGGAUCAACAGUCUUGGAAUUGCAACUUACGUGAAUAAUUUAUUUGAGGAUGUUAGGACUGGAUGGGUUCUUCUGGAGGUGCUUGACAAAAUUUCUCCAGGAUCAGUUAUCUGGAAACAAGCAUCGAAACCUCCAAUUAUCAUGCCAUUUAGGAAGGUUGAGAACUGCAAUCAGGUUAUCAGAAUUGGGAAGGAGUUAAAUUUUUCUCUUGUGAAUGUAGCAGGAAAUGAUAUUGUUCAAGGAAACAAGAAGCUAAUCCUUGCUUUCCUGUGGCAACUCAUGAGGACCAGCAUCCUACAACUGCUAAAGAACUUGAGAUCCCACUCUAAAGACAAAGAGAUUACAGAUGCUGACAUUCUGAUCUGGGCGAAUAAUAAGGUCAAGGAAUCAGGAAAAACAUCUCACAUCGAAAGCUUCAAGGAUAAAAGCUUAUCAAAUGGGAUGUUCUUCCUGGAUCUUCUAAGCGCUGUGCAAAGUAGAGUUGUUGACUGGAAUAUGGUGAAGAAGGGGGAGGAUGAUGAUGAGAAGAAGAUGAAUGCAACAUACAUCAUAACUGUUGCUAGGAAACUUGGGUGCACCGUGUUCUGGUUGCCAGAGGACAUAAUGGAGGUAAAUCCCAAGAUGAUCCUCACUCUUACAGCAAGCAUCAUGUACUGGAGUCUGCAGAAGCAUGGACCUUACGAAGGCCCCGGGCCAGCAGGAUCCGCAGCGUCACAAGAAGCUCUCCCAGAAGAGGAGGAGGAGGAGGAGGUGGAAGAAGAGGAAGAAGAAGAAUUAGAAGCAGAAGCAGAAGCGGAGGCAGAGGCAGAGGCAGAAGCAGAAGUAGAAGAAGAAAAAGGAGGAGAAGAAAGCCUUGAAGAUGGUGCCUAAAAUAAAAUCCGACCUGACCACAUCAGGCAGGGGGUGGUUUCAGUACGGGAGGGAUAGCAAACGACAGCGCAGGAAGUUAGUUUUGAUCUACUCUUUGCGUGCAAAUGCGCAGUGAUGAGCUUCUGCUCUUAUAUUUUUUUGGAAAAGGAGGCUUGCCCCUGGUCUCUUGCAUCUGAACGAUGCAUACAUCCAUAUUAUUAAAAAAGUCUCAGA